AUGGAUGAUGAUGACGACUCGUGUCUCCUUGAUCUUAUUGGAGACCCACAAGCAUUGAACUAUUUUCUACAUGGACCUAGUAAUAAAUCGAGCAAUGAGGACUUGACUAAUGCAGGAUAUUCUGCAGCCAAUUCAAAUUCGAUUUUCGCCAACUCUAGUAAUGCUGAUCCUAAAUCAGCCCUCAAAGCUGUAAGCAGCCAGCUUGGAGAAGGGCCCAGUGAUGGACUGCCACUUUCAAGUAGCCUUCAGUUUCUCGAAGAUGAACUUGAGUCUUCUCCUCUUCCUGAUCUCAGUGAGGACCAACCUUUCGACAUUCUUCAGAAAUCCUUGCAGGAGGCCAAUAUCACUGAACAGACAUUGGCAGAAGAGGCAUAUCUGGACGCCAGUAUAGGUUCGAGCCAACAGUUUGCACAAGCUCAGCUUCAUCCCUCUUCAUCAGCAUCCUUUACUCAGGCUUCUAAUGUUUCUAAUUACUCAGGUCAGACACUGCAGCCUAUAGGGGUGACUCAUGUGCCUGUUGGCACAUCGUUUGCAAGCAAUACGGUGGGUGUGCACCAUGGCUUUAUGCACCACGUGGGGAUCAGUGUGCCCAGCCAGCAUUUGUCUAAUAGCAGCCAGAUUAGUGGUUCUGGUCAAAUACAGUUAAUUGGGUCAUUUGGUAAUCAACCUUCCAUGAUGACUAUUAAUAACCUAGAUGGAUCACAAAUAAUACUAAAGGGUAGUGGGCAGCAAGCCCCCUCAAAUGUUAGUGGAGGGCUUCUCGUUCACAGACAGACUCCUAAUGGCAACUCCUUGUUUGGGAACUCCAGUUCCAGCCCAGUAGCACAGCCUGUUACUGUUCCGUUUAACAGCACAAAUUUCCAAACAUCUUUACCUGUGCAUAACAUCAUCAUACAAAGGGGUCUUGCACCAAAUUCAAAUAAAGUCCCAGUUAAUAUCCAGCCAAAGCCUAUCCAGAUGGGUCAGCAAAACACAUACAAUGUGAACAACUUGGGAAUACAACAGCACCAUGUUCAGCAAGGGAUCUCGUUUGCCUCUGCAAGCUCACCCCAGGGCUCAGUGGUUGGUCCGCACAUGUCCGUGAACAUCGUAAACCAACAGAACACAAGGAAGCCUGUCACCUCGCAGGCUGUGAGCAGCGCCGGGGGCAGUAUCGUUAUUCAUUCUCCCAUGGGCCAGCCUCACACACCCCAGAGUCAGUUCCUCAUACCUACAAGCCUUUCUGUCAGUUCCAACUCGGUACACCACGUCCAGACCAUCAAUGGGCAGCUUCUUCAGACUCAGCCCUCUCAGCUCAUUUCCGGCCAGGUGGCCUCAGAGCAUGUCAUGUUGAACAGAAACUCUUCCAACAUGCUCAGGACCAAUCAACCAUAUUCUGGACAGAUGCUGAACAACCAGAGUGCCGCCGUCCAGUUAGUGUCUGGGCAGACAUUUGCCACCUCCGGAAGCCCGGUGAUUGUCAACCACGCCUCUCCUCAGAUCGUCGGCGGACAGGUGCCUUUGCAGCAGGCAUCACCCACCGUCUUGCACCUGUCCCCUGGGCAGAGCAGCGUCUCCCAAGGAAGACCUGGCUUCACCACCAUGCCCUCGGUGACAAGCAUGGCAGGACCUAGUCGGUUCCCUGUUGUCAGUUCAUCCAGCACUGCCCAUCCUAGUCUUGGGUCUGCGGUUCAGUCUGGUGCAUCAGGAUCAAACUUUACAGGAGAUCAGCUGACCCAGCCCAACAGGACUCCAGGACCGGUCAGCGUGUCCCAUCGUCUUCCAGUUCCUUCUUCCAAGUCUACCAGCACCUUCAGUAACACACCUGGAGUAGGAAGCCAGCAACAGUUCUUCUGUCAGGCUCAGAAAAAAAGCUUGAAUCAGACUUCCCCCAUUUCUGCUUCCAAGACCACAGAUGGCCUGAGGCCAGCGCCCAUGCCAGGCCUCUUGAGCACCGCACUGCCAGGGCAGGAUUCUGGAAGCAAAGUUAUACCAGCGUCCUUAGGAACCACACAGCCCCAACAGGAAAAAGUCGUUGGAUCACCUCCUGGCCAGCCAACGGUGCAGGUGGAUGGUCACGCGGGAGGACAGAAGAGGCCCGCUGCCAAACAGCUGACUAAAGGAGCUUUCAUUCUCCAGCAGUUACAGAGGGACCAAGCCCUUGCGGUGACGCCUGACAAAAGCCAGUUCCGGUCACUUAGUGACGCGGUGCAGAGGCUGCUCUCCUAUCACGUGUGCCAGGGCUCCAUGCCCACGGAGGAGGACCUGAAGAAAGUUGACAAUGAAUUUGAAACAGUCGCCACUCAGCUCCUGAAAAGGACCCAAGCUAUGCUUAACAAGUACAGAUGCCUGCUCUUGGAGGACGCCAUGCGGAUCAACCCCUCCGCUGAGAUGGUGAUGAUCGACAGAAUGUUCAACCAGGAGGAAAGAGCUUCUCUGUCCCGGGACAAGCGUCUGGCACUCGUAGACCCCGAGGGUUUUCAGGCUGAUUUCUGUUGUUCCUUCAAACUCGAUAAAGCUGCCCAUGAGACGCAGUUUGGCCGGAGUGACCAGCAUGGCGGUAAAACAACAAGUUCUGUGCAUCUGACGGCCAAGGCCCAGAGCAGAGACCGAGGCAAAGCAGGCCUGGCAGAACCAACGAAUCAUGACCAGUUUCAUCUAGUGCCUAAUCACAUCGUGGUCUCCGCAGAAGGAAACAUUUCUAAAAAAACCGACUGCCUCGGCAGAGCACUGAAAUUUGACAAAGUGGGCUCCGCUCAGUACCGGAGUGCGUCUGAAGAGAAAACCAGCCGGAGAGACUCCACAAAAGGCAGCGAGUGCUCCACCGGCCCUGAAGGCCACCGGAAAAACUUAUCCAGAGCAGAUCAUGGUCCUGACAGCAAACUCUCAAGCCUCCUCGUAGAUUCGCACCUGGAGAUGACCUGUAAUAGCUCCUUCCAGGACAAGACACUGCGGAAUUCUCCAAAGAGUGAAGUUUUACACACAGACAUCAUGAAAGGGUCAGGCGAGCCCCAGCCCGAUCUCCAGCUCACUAAGAGUUUAGAAACGACAUUUAAGAACAUUUUGGAACUCAAAAAGGCUGGGCGGCAGUCCCAGAGUGACCCCACGGUUAGUGGCUCUGUCGAGUUAGAUUUCCCCAACUUUUCUCCAAUGGCUUCGCAGGAAAACUGCCUGGAAAAGUUCAUCCCGGACCACAGUGAAGGCGUCGUAGAAACUGACUCUAUUUUAGAAGCAGCUGUAAAUAGUAUCCUAGAGUGUUAA